UUUUAUUAAAGUUUUCCAAGUGUUAACUCUUCACUAGAACUGAGAAACAUGAAAAUAUUUAUUUCUUUUAUUAUUACCAAUUUCAUAGUGCUAAGUUUUGAAGCGGAACUGCCUCAACCGAUAUCUUUCGCAGAUUCAGUUGUUAUAGAAAAUAUUGCAUUUAUUAAAAUCGGAACGUACAGAGGAUUAACAAGCAAUGGCGCUGAAUACCAAAAAUCCUACUUUUUUCCUAGACAUUUGAUGAAAACUCCAUGGAUUGAAUCUAGAGCAGUUUGCAAUUCAUAUGAUUUUGAAUUAACAAUAUUUGAGACACUUGCAGAAGCGGAAGCAGUUUUCACAAUGGCUGAAAAUAAUAGCUACUUAAAAACAAUUAAUUCAGUCUUCAUAUUAGUUGACGCUAUGACUUUGACAUUGAAAUCAACAACAGAUUGGUAUUGGACAAAAACAGGACAAAAGAUUUCAUAUGCAUUACCAUGGAUGCCAGGUGAACCAAACAAUAUUAAUAACUUAAAUGAAUUGUGUCUUUCAUUUGGUAGAUCAACUUUGACAUCUAGAUUUGGAUUUAAUGAUUCUCCAUGUUCAGAAAUUGUUUUUUCAUUUUUAUGUCAAAAAAUUGAAUUUUUUAUGCCUUCAAAGACAAUGGAAACUGUUUCAAUUAGUUCGAAUCACUAGAAAUAAAUUAUUAACAAGAAUAAGAUUAAAUAAAUUGAAAAAGUCAUAAAAAUUA